UUAACCAGUGCGCUGGCGAGACGCGCUCAGAUAUACUGAGUGAGCCCUGAGAAGCAGUCUCAGAUCCUGACGGUGCAGCAGCCCGCAGCCUCAGCCAGAGAGUCCCAGCCGCUUUCAAUGGAGGAGAAGCCCGGCCAGCCACAGUCUCAGCACCAUCACAGCCACCACCAUCCGCACCAUCACCCUCAGCAGCAGCAGCAGCAGCCGCACCACCAUCACCAUUAUUAUUUCUACAACCACAGCCACAACCACCAUCACCACCACCAUCACCAGCAGCCUCACCAAUACCUGCAGCAUGGAGCCGAGGGCAGCCCCAAGGCCCAGCCAAAGCCGCUGAAACAUGAGCAGAAACACGCCCUCCAGCAGCACCAGGAAACGCCGAAGAAGAAAACAGGCUACGGUGAACUAAAUGGUAAUGCUGGAGAAAGAGAAAUAUCUUUAAAGAGCCUGGGUUCUGAGGAAGCUACCAACCCUAUUUCCAGGGUCCUCAAUGGCAACCAACAAGUUGUAGACACUAAUCUGAAGCAGACUGUAAAGUCCAGCACCUUUGGGAAAGCAGGAAUUAAAACCAGGAAUUUUAUUCAGAAAAACAGUAUGGACAAAAAGAAUGGGAAGUCUUAUGAAAAUAAAUCCGGAGAGAACCAAUCUAUAGACAAGACUGAUACUGUAGCAAUUCCAAAUGGUGUUGUAACAAAUAAUUCUGGCUAUAUUACUAAUGGUUAUAUGGGCAAAGGAGCAGAUAAUGAUGGUAGUGGAUCUGAGAGCGGAUAUACCACUCCUAAAAAAAGGAAAGCUAGGCGCAAUAGUGCCAAGGGUUGUGAAAACCUUAAUUUAGUGCAGGACAAAAUAAUGCAACAAGAGACCAACGUCCCAACCUUAAAACAGGGACUUGAAACUUUCAAGCCUGACUACAGUGAACAAAAGGGAAGUCGAGUAGAUGGUUCAAAGCCUAUUUGGAAGUAUGAAACUGGGCCGGGAGGAACAAGUCGAGGAAAACCUGCUGUAGGUGAUAUGCUUCGGAAAAGCUCUGAUAUUAAGCCUGGUGUGAGCAGCAAAAAGUUUGAUGAUCGGCCCAAAGGAAAGCAUACUUCUGCUGUUGCCUCCAAAGAGGACUCGUGGACCCUGUUUAAACCACCCCCAGUUUUUCCAGUGGACAAUAGCAGUGCUAAAAUCGUUCCUAAAAUAAGUUAUGCAAGCAAAGUUAAGGAAAACCUCAACAAAACUGUACAGAACUCUUCUGUGUCACCAUCUUCAUCUUCAUCCUCCUCAUCAUCUACUGGGGAAACUCAGACCCAAGCUUCAAGUCGAUUAUCCCAGGUCCCUAUGUCAGCGCUGAAAUCUGUUACUUCGGCCAGCUUUUCUAAUGGGCCAGUUAUAGCAGGGACUGAUGCAAGUGUGUAUUCUCCAGGGGGUCAGCCACUGCUAGCUACUGCUGCUAAUACUCUAACACCCAUCUCUUCUGGGACUGAUUCAGUCCUCCAAGACAUGAGUCUGACUUCAGCAGCUGUUGAGCAAAUUAAGUCCGGCCUUUUUAUCUACCCUUCAAAUAUGCAAACUGUGCUGUUGAGCACAGCACAAGUGGAUCUACCCUCUCAGACAGAUCAGCAAAACCUGGGAGAUAUCUUCCAGAAUCAGUGGGGUUUAUCAUUUAUCAAUGAACCCAGUGCUGGCCCUGAAACUGUUACUGGGAAGUCAUCAGAUCAUAAAGUGAUGGAGGUGACAUUUCAAGGGGAAUAUCCUGCCACUUUGGUUUCACAGGGUGCUGAAAUAAUCCCCUCAGGAACUGAGCAUCCUGUGUUUCCCAAGGCAUAUGAGCUGGAAAAACGGACUAGUCCUCAAGUUCUGGGUAGCAUUCUAAAAUCUGGGACUACUAGUGAGAGUGGAGCCUUAUCCUUGGAACCCAGUCAUAUAGGUGACCUGCAAAAAGCAGACACCAGUAGUCAAGGUGCUUUAGUGUUUCUCUCAAAGGACUAUGAGAUAGAAAAUCAAAAUCCUCUGGCGUCUCCUACGAACACUUUGUUAGGCUCCGCCAAAGAACAGAGAUACCAGAGAGGCCUAGAAAGGAAUGAUAGCUGGGGUUCUUUUGACCUGAGGGCUGCUAUUGUAUAUCACACUAAAGAAAUGGAAUCUGUUUGGAAUUUGCAGAAGCAAGAUCCCAAAAGGAUAAUCACUUACAAUGAAGCCAUGGAUAGUCCAGAUCAAUGAAGGACCAGACUGCCUAUUUGUAACCUUUCUGCAGCAUUAGAGCCACCGUUCAUGGGGGACACAAGGCUUUUAUGCUCCUAGAUCUUCAACGCAGCAGAGGAACCAUAAGUAGAAUCACAGGAUAAUAUAUACAAAUAUAUAUAUAUAUACAUUAUAUAUAUAUAGUUAUUUAAAAAAAGGCAACUGAAAGUAAUUAGACUUCUUAAGGAAACAAAUUUAUUUCAAGAGACUACACAUGGUUAUUUAAUCUCCGGUACUGAAUAGUUUUGUUUUGUUUUUAGUUUUUGUUUUUAAGUGUGAAUGCAAGUGAUUAAUGAAUAUGGACUUAUUAACAAGCGUGGUUCUAAAGUUCCUGCUGUCAUCACCUUGGGCAACUAAUGACCCACUGGAAAGGCAAAUCCACUUUUAAAGAUCUCUGUAUCUUGUUCUGUGACUAAAGUAUACACUAAUAUCGGGGAACCCAGAAUGAUUCAACAUUUUCCCCCACUCCUCCCUUGAUCUUUUGGUUAUACUUUGAACCCUGCGAGAAUGCUGGAUAAAAUGCCUUGAAGUUUGCAGGGGUCUCUAUAUAUUUUUUUUUUUUUUUUAGCGAAUAUGAUUUGCAUGUCUUGCCAGGAAUAAGCAGCCUCUGUGGGGUGUUGGGAAAUAUUUUCUUUGUUUCCUUUUAUUUUUUUGUGGGGUGGGGGGAUAGGGGAGGGCAUUGAAGUUCUACAGUUCUGAAAUAGUUGGUGGUACAUAGUUUCACUUGGCUUUGGUUACCUAUUGGACUUUAAAAACUUCAUGAGUGUCAUUUAAACAAAAGUUACAGAACAAACAAUUGGCUUUAGAUAUUUAAUCUGGAAAAAUCCUCCUGUGCCCAUGUUCUAACAUAACUGUGUAAGUGGGAGCAAAAAUGUAUUCUGCUUUUCAACUGUAGGUGCUCCAGACUUGCUCUCUGUCACUAACACUAAAUGUGCUAUUUUUCUUGUUUUUCAUCAAACAUCUGAAGAGAAACUUCUGUACCUUUCUGUAAAUUCUUUUUAAUUUCUCAGAAAUCUAAAAGGGGAAGAAAAAAGUCCAUGAAAACUAAAGCUUCAUGUUUUUUAGCCAGUGAGGAGGUAAUAAACCCUGCCUAUAGAAGGUGUGUUUUCAUGCAAACUAUACUUCUGAGCUUAUUAGCUUCUAAUUAUAUCUUAAUAAAUAUAUUUUAUUACUAGAGCAAAUGGUUUUUUUUUUUUUUUUUCUUUUUUUUCUUUUUUUAAGGAAAAUAAUGUGAAAUUCUGGAAAUUUUCUUUUGGGCAGAGAAGAGCAUCAGCCCUGUCUUAUCACAUUACCAUCCUGUUGCACUGCAGCUUGUAUAUAGCAUGCUAAAGUAAAUUUUUUUGUGUGUGCAGAAACUAAGGGUCCAAUAUAAGGUUGGGUGAUGUUAGUGGCAUAAAAACAAGUUCUCUGGCCUGACAUAGCAUCGCGUCUCACACACACACACAAACACAGAAAUUAGUAUAUCCAUGUAUGUCAAAUACAGGUUAAAAUAGCAGGGUAUUUAUACAGAGAGAUGUAGUCUUCUAAUAAAAGUAGACUGGAUCCCCAGGGUUUUUUGGGGAGGAAGUAGCUACUUUUUGCUCAGCCCUUUUGCUUAAGAAAUGUCCAGUUUUGAGCGACUGUAGUAUGGAUGAGUUUUCUUGUUUUGUUUGAUUAUUUGAGGCUUUUAACAAGUAGUUUGUCAAAGAAGCUGUUGGACUCAGCAUAGAGUAGAGAAAAUAUCUUUAUAGUCUGGAUUUCUGCCCUGCUUAGAUUUUAAAAGUAUAAGCAUGGAUUGCCAAUUCCACUUGAUGUAAACAAAACUUUUAUAUAUAAUAUAUAUAUAUAUAUAAGAUAACUUAUUGUAUCAGUCCAGGUUCAGAAACUUGUGGUAGGCCAGUUCCAGAUAGUUUCAUUUCACCUGUAAACUGUAUCACUUUUACGGAUAUUGUAAUUUUCAAAUGUAUAAUAUGUUUACAGAUGUGCCCUGCAUUUAGUCUGCCUUGUUCUAUUUUGAUUUUUGUUGAGUCUCCUGCCUGCUUGCCAAAAGCUAGGAUGCUUCAGGCCCAUGUACAAUUGAAAGCAGAGGCAUCCUUGAGCUUUAAAGCAUUGAACAAACUGGAAAAUGCAUCAUACCACAUACUGAAGUGAAAGAAGUCUGUGUUUUGUGUUUUUUUUUUUUAAAUAAAAAUUUUCAAAAGGUUAAAAAAAAAGAUACAAGGUUGAUUAAAGGAAAAAAGGCUCCAGUUUGUUUUAUAGGUUUUAAAGUUCUGCUGUGUGUUCAAUUGCCUUGUGUAACCACUUGUCGCCUUAGGGCCAGAUUCUCUCCCUCUCUUCUCGUCCUCUAUCCCCACCCCCCAGCCCUUUUUUAAACAUCCAUUUUGCUUGCCUGGUAUAUGAAAGCUCUUCUGUCUCACAACUCACAAGAAACUUUCUGGGUUUGUGAUACACAGAGGUUGAAUGAAUAUAUAUUUUAAAAGGAAUUAGAAAAACAGCCCCCAUCUGAAUUUUUAAUUUAGAAGCAACGUUUAUCUUUAAAAUAUCUUUGACAAGCUGUUGUUGCUUUACUACUUCCCUUCCAUAUCCCUCAGGCCUCCCUGUUUAGAGAAGCCAAAAAGAGAAUGUCUCCCUUCUCUAUAUUUGUCCAAAGGUUUUUGAGUCUCACUUCUAAAUGAAACAAUGCAACAUUUCACUUUGAUUUCCCCCACUGAAAUUUCCUUGAUUAUAUGGUUAGAGGUAUAGAGUUAGGGAUGUCUCUUUACUUUCUGGAACCCUAGUGCCCCAUCAUAUUAACUGUCAGUAUUUUGGGGGCAUUGGGUUAAUGGACUUAACUUGCCUAGGUACAAGCAGGACUUUGGGACAUAUCUCCUUUGUGCUGUUUGAUAACAUUUAACCCUACUUGUCGCAAUCUUUCUUCUUAGGUCCUCACACAAUUCCUUACAGAGCACUUAUUAAAAAAAAAAAAUCUUAAAGAGUUGAUCUGUUUCCUGAUUAUUUUGUGUAAGCUUCUAAACUUCAGCUGUGAUUAAUUUAGCACAUUUAAAUAACGUUGAUGUGUAAUUGUUCGGUAUAAAGAAUUUUUCUUCAACUCAGAGUAUUAGUACUGUAGCAUAAACCAAAUACAGUCUAGAGGGGAUUUUUAACAUCCCUCCAUUAUAAAGACUGAAAAGGUGUGUGUCUGUGUGUGUGUUGAGUGCUUGUGUGUGUAUGAGAGAAGGAAAUAUUAAAAAUUAGUAAGUGAAUGUGUGUAAGACAUUAUAUUAGUAUUCAGAGAAUGAACUUGUAUUUAUUUUGUGCCAUUUGUUUUCAUUACACAGAAUAAAGUCAGGUGGUUUUAAUCCUUAAAAGGGUAGUAUUUGAAAAAUGGCACUAAGAAUGAAAUCAUGACCUAUUUUUUUAAUAGCUAUGAAGAUACUAAUUAUGGGUGAAGAUUUCUUUUUAAAUCUGCCUUGAUUGUAGGUGUCUGCGUCACAUACCACUCUCGUAGAUGUCUUGAAUAAUUCCCCUUCCCCUCAAAAGACAGGGUGUAUUUAUCUUUCUCUUCGUUCACCCCACUUUAAUGAACUGAAGUUAAUUCCAUAGCCUUUACUCUGACUUUAGUAAUGAGCUUUCACAUACAGUGUAUUUACAGCAUCUAUAGUUAGCACUUCCUUUUCUACUUUCUAGGAGGGGAUAGACAAUAACUAGGAAUUUGUUAAUGCCAGUUUGUUUUUUCUUGAAAUAAAUGGCUGGAGAGGUUUAGAAUUUUGCUGUUUUCCUUAAUCAUCUGCUUUCCUAAUCACAGAAUCUUGGUGAAAACUUUAUAAAGGAAAAAAAAAAGUGCUGCAUUGUUUUUUCAAAUAACAGUUUCUAGGGGAAAUAUGGCAAGCCUCAAUUAUGAGUGUUGUCCACAAUACAAAAUGUGUUUCUUCAGAAAACAUUACAUAGCAGCAGUAGUUUUGUGCUUGGUGGUUAGGCUUGUUGCUAACCCACCUGGAGGCAUCUAAGGGUUUAUUUUUUGCUGUAAACUUUUUAAAAUACAAAAAAGCCAUUUAGUGUGAAAUUUGUGAUGUACCAAAUGGCCACAGUCAAGGAAAUUGGGAAGAGAACAUUGUUUGAUUUUAAACUCCUCCAAGGAGAAAGUCAUCAUUUCAAGACUUUGUUCCUCAAGUCCUAGAAAUAGAUUAAAAGUCCACUUUCCAAGGAUUAUGAGUAUAGCUCUAUCACUGGGCCAUAUCCUCAAAUAACACCUGAUCCCUCUUGUAUACCUGUGCUAACUGUGUUCAGCAGACUAUAGUGGAACAAAUACAUGGGAUCAGGUUCGUUAAUACUGCACCAGUUGUAGCUUCUGAUCAGGCAGUGUCUUUCAGUAGUCCUACCCAUAAUUUUACUGUUGAAUUUUUAAAAGAAAGGGUAGAAUUUUCUCAUCUUCCCCCCCACCCAAAGUGUUACUUGUUUAAGGGGAGGGGCCAGAGGAUAAGACUAGGAGAAAAGCUGCUUUAUGUUUGCAGAGACGCCUUAGGUUAUUAGUUCUUAAUAAGAAUGUUAUUUUCAUUAACUAAUUGACAGAGCACCAGGAUUCUUUUAUUUUAUAGUGAGAAAGUUGGGCUUCUAAUUAUCUUAAAUUUUUUUUUUUUUAAUGUACCUCAAUCUGUUCAGAUGUGUGAGAACAAGGACCACCAUGGGUUGGUUUAAAGAAGGAUGAGUCAGUCAUUGGCUUCAUUCAAAAGCAAAAUUUCACAUCACUCAAAGUUUACUGGUUUUUAAUUAAAUUUCACACCAUUCUGCUACUCAAGAUGGAGCUUACAAGUAGAAGUUUCAAAUUGUCUGCACAACAAAAACCCCCAGUGAAGUAUGAAUGGUAUGUUGCUUUCGCAUUACUGGGAGAGUCAAAUAGCAAUUCCGGGCUAGAAAUAUAUGAAACAGCCGUCCUCACAAAUGGGAUUGCUGAUUCGUAUUUCCCUAUUAAGUUUUGUUUAUGUCCAGAGUUCUAAAGCCAUUUUAUAAUACCGCAGUAUCCCUUUUCUAUAGCCUUAUUAAAAUAGCUGCAAACAUUUAUUUUCCAGUCCAGUUUCACUUGGAUUGCAUAUUGAAAUUUUAUUCUAAAGACCAACAAACCAACUUGAGGUAAAUUAUAGCUUUCCAUAUACCCUCUCCUCAGGUGCUAAACUAGGCUCCAAAAAUGGAUACUGCUUUAGUAAUGUCUGCUUUAUCCUUAAAUAUUACUUUUGCUAGGUGUAAAGAUUUGGUGUUAACAAAAGUGGUUUUAAUAUGUAAAUAUGAAUGAAUGCCUUUAGUUUGCCCCUGUUUGUCUUAUUAAUCUGUUUCAUUUAUCCUCCGUGGAGGAAGAUCCUUUCAUGAUAUUGAAUACAUUUCAUUAGGUAUUGUUGCAUUUUAGGAUGAAAAUAACAACUAUUUUCUGUCUUGGAAUAAUCCUGCUGCUGCUAUGAGAAACUGAAAAAUCAAGAAUGUGAUGCACUUUUUACGUGACUAUAUACCAUAUCUUUAUAGGUUGCUUUGAUACCUUUCCUGUAGCACAGCCACUAGCAAAAGUGAUUGGAUUUAAAAAUUCCCUUUGGGAGGAGAUCAGUACAAAAAGUUUUUUAUGGUAUUGGCCUGUGAAGGAUAUUAACUUAGGAAAAAUACAUAUUCUGUUAGUAUUACACAUUUUGGCCUUAAAAUGUCUUCUACUACUGAAAAUCUUAAUUUUGCUUCUGUCAUUCCCUCUGCCUCAAAAAGAGAAGUUGGGAAGAAUGGCUUAAAGGAAAUAGUAGUAUUGGUUUGUUGCUGACCUUUUAGAAAGAAAACAAUUGUCUGCUAUAUAUACUGGGGAGUGAGUUUUGUUUGUAUACAAAGGAGAAGUAAUAUUGCCCCAAGCCAAUCGGAUUUAGUUUAGUCAAAUCAAUCAAAACCAACUAUCCUGCUUCUCUAGUGUAUUUUUACUUAGGAAAGAUAAACUUAUGCUACUUGACAUGAGGAAAAGUCAUUUCUCAAGCACAUACUUGAAGGAGAUUGAACCCAAUUAUGAUGGAGGAAUAACACCAAAUGGGGUGGAGGAAUAUGAGAAAGAUACGUGGUCCAAAGCUAUCUGAUUAUAUUUUGAUGUUGCCAAUAUUGCAAAGCCAAAAUUUUAAUUUGCUUAUUUAAUAUAUUUGUUGGCCAGAGAUCUAUUUUUAUAUCAAUGUGCCUUGCAUGUAUAUUUAAAAAAAAAUAAUAAAAUUGGAAAGGCCAUGUUACAAUGCCUGAGAUAGUUGAUGGUUCUUAACCACCUCACUAAUUUUUAUGCAGUAUGAGAUGUUCAUUCUAUUGCCCAACUGGUGCUCUCUGUUUCAAGUUAUAGAUCUUGUCACAAACUGGAACUGUUUUAUAAACUGGGAAGUGAUUUAAGUUACAUUUUUGGUUGUUUCUUUUUUCAUUUUGUUCUUAGUCUGUUAGUGGCUGUUCUGUAGUGGGAAAUAGUAAAAAGAUUCUUCCCUUCCCUCCCCGCUCAGCACCUUCUUCAAGUAAUGUGAUGACACCACUUCUUGUGUGCUUUGAAAAGUUUCAGCUUGCUGUUUCCUUUAGUGUUAUAAAGUGUUACAAAAAGCAUUGUUUGCAAAAUCUAUGGAGAUAAGAGUCCACUUUAAUUUGGAAUUCUAUGUGAGCUAUGAUCCAAGUUAUUGGCUCUUCCCAACUUUAAAAUUUUUUAUUGUUAAAGCACCUUGCUUAGAAAAUUUUAAAUAUUUAUGUCUGCAACAAUUGUCUCAAAAUAAUGAACUGUGCAAUUCUUGUCAUUAAAAAAAGAAAAGAUCUGAACUCUCCCUACUGUGGCUUGUUAGUUUCUCUGUAUUUUCUGCCAGUGUAAAUGUGAAAAGCUUUGCUUGCAUUACGUUUUAGAAAUGCAUUUUGCACACUCGAAUUUUGCUGAAGCUCCAUGAAAAGGUUAGAUCUAAGUAGAUGAAUAAAGCUAUGCACAUGUUUUGAAAGUUUAAUUUGUGUGUCAUUACCAAAAGUGACCUAUCCUUAUUACUUUGCUGCUCUUAGCUUUACCAUCUGUAGAAACAUGGCUCAAAGUUUAGAGUUCUGGGUUAGUUCAUCAUUGGAACUAGAAGAGAGAAAAAUUGGCACCUAUUUUAAUAACAUAACUUUAAAAUGAGAGCUUGACUCGUGUCUGCUAAAGGGCUUUUUUUUUUAAACAGGGCAGUUUUAUCAGCUUUACAAACUGUUGGAUACUCCAAUGAAAUUUUGGUUUAUUUGAUCAAGUAGAAAUUAAAAGUGGUUGAAACUGAAAUGAAGGAAGGACCUUUGCCACAUGGAGUUUUGUGACAAUUUUAUGUCUUAAACCUGGUUUAAAGGUAGGAUGAACUUUUUACCUUUGCUUUAGCAUAAAUUUUGGUUUACUGAAUGAUUGACUUGAGAUUUAGAAUUAUUCAGUUGUUUAAAGAUCAAAGCACAAGUUAAAGAUGUGUAUCUCUUUAAAACUGCCCAAGCUGAUUAGAACAAGUUUAGAAACUGAGCUGAUUUGAUUUCAUUGCUGCAGUCUGCAUGUACUAAAUAGCUUUAUUUCACAUGUUUGUGUACUUAAAGGAUUGUGUAGAUGUACUGGCCAGGUUUUGUCAAAUCAUCUUUUGAAAGAUUGUUUUUUAUUUUCUUUUGGACCUUCGUAGAAGAGGCUAAUAUGUUUAAGUAGAGAUAAUACUAAUGGUAUUUUCCCCUUGCUCCUAGAUAUAAAAGAAAUAUUUCCGUUUUAUGUUUUUCCUUUGUAUAGAAGAGGAUUACCUUCUCUAUCAUCAAGUAUGCUCUUAAUGUACGUUGUUGACUGAAAACACAGCAAGCCCGCCCUUCUGUAUCUUGCCUGGAAGUGACAGUUAAAAAUGAAGUCUACUAGUCAGAAUGCAAAAGGUGGCCCAUAAUGCAUGGCCGUAAAAGGCGUGAAUGCAGGAGUAUAGCAUCAUCUCUGAUGGUCAUGGCUACUCCUUAGCAUCUGUCAGUAGUUCACAUGUUCAGUCUUGGAAUGUAUUGGAGGAGCGCAGUAAUUUCUGUGUGUUGUGUGCGUUAGCAUUUAGGAGCUGUUACCUCUUAAUCUGGGGGAAAGGACAAUUAGUGGGCUACAAGUAUAUGAGAGGAUUUUUUCCUUUCCUUCUCUCAAUUUAAAAAAUGUUCUUUCAGUGUUUGUUUUGCCCAGUCAAAAAGAUAGGCCUUUUCUAGAUAUAAGAACAGUGGCCAGAGAUUUCCUCUUUUGCUAAACGCUUAGGUAUUUGCCAUAGCUGUUUUUGAUGUCAUGGAUUCUAAGGAAGUGUCAGUUACGUGAUGAUCUUCCUUUAUUGAUGUCUUACUUCAUGUUCAGUGUUUUAAAAAUAUAAAUUACAAGCACUCUACAUCCAUACCCAGAUUGACUUAUUUUAUCAGAAAAAAAAAAAACUUGAGAAAUUUGUAGAUCAAAUUAAGAGACAAUAAGUGUACAUUGUUGAAUAAAAAAUUUUAAAGUUU